GACUGCACAAUCUGUGCCAAAAGUUAAAUGUUUUCAAAGUACAGGCAAGCACAAACAUAUAAGUACUAAAUAAAUAAAUUGGCAUUGCAAUAGCUCAAAGAAACAUGCGACAGGUAUAUUAUUAAUUUGGCACACAUAUAAGAUGCAACAAAAGUUACCACAUGGCUAAUAUGAAUAGAACUUGACAGAUUCAUUAACGAAACAAGCAAAAAAAAGCCUGGUUAUUUGCUUUCCAGCCACUUACGAAAUGCCCUCACUGCAGUUUUGGUUUUUGCAUCAGCUCGAGGCGAGGCUCACACUUUGGAACUUCUCUUAACCGCACUAUGUACACACAUACACACACGGCUGCCGCUGCCCAAUGAUUGGCAGCUGAUAUUUCUGAUAGGCCAGUGAUAAGACACAAGUGGGUAAGUGCAGCUGUGAUAAGGGAACUGCACGGAAUAAUGCUUGCAGGAGCAGCCUUCGAAUGCCGCACGGAUCGAAGCCAAUGACAUUCUGAAGAGCUGCUAAUGGUUCUCCUUUUCAUGAGGAAAGAGCGACAGGACACACUGCUGAGGACAUGCAGGAGCCACAAAAUGUCAAGGAUGAUGUCAAGGAUGAUGGCAUAUCUAUGCCAUCAGGCAUUGAACAUAACGAAGACACAAUGCAACCACAUACAACCAGUGAUUCAGCUGGCAUUCCUGGUACAUCAGAAGUAAAUGCUGCACCACCAUCAAAUGCCUCAGACAUUUUAACUACAUCUAAGGCUACACCUCAGGGACCAGCAGGCGGCAGCCAAGACGAGGCGACGUCAGCUCCCCUUCAAGACAAAGAACAAGUACAAGCUGGGAAUAACAACUCAGAGCAAGCGUCAAUAAACAAACAAGAAGGCAAACCAAGCCCAAAUGAAAUGAGUUCAGGGCAACUACCUGGCCUACAUGACACGCAAGCAGUUUCACAGCCACAAGAUUCUACAGCUGUUAAAUUAAGCAGCCCGGCAGAAGAUGGUUCAAACAAAUCUUUGCCAGAAAACGCCCAGCGUUCCACAGAUGACGUCCAAGAGGUUGUUGGAACAGAGAGUCAGUAUACUAGCCCAAAUCAGUUGGGAAUGUUGGAGCGCAGUGCAUCCGAUACCGAAAUUUGCAGUUCUUCAAAGGCAGUGAAGGGCAUGGAUCUUGACGCUGUUUUUUCAAAGUCACUCGAAUGUGUUGCUGUGCCUGUCAGGCAGAAUUCAUUAGAUAAUGACCUUUCCAAACGGCCUCAUCAUCAUCGUGGAACCAUGAUGCGGUCUCGGACACUGUCAGUUGUGUCUCUGCUGUCCACUCGCGGCACGGCAAAGUUUCGCCUCUCAAGAAGCCAAAAGCUCACUUUGUUCUGCCUCUGUUUAGUAAACUUUACAAGCUACAUCAGCUAUUCUGUGAUUGCGCCAUUCUACCCACAAGAGGCAACUUUCAAGGGAAUGCGAGAAGCUGUGUCUGGAUUCGUCUUCAGUGUUUAUGCAUUAACAAUGAUGGUGUUUUCACCCAUCUUUGGAAAACUGGUUCCCAUCUUAGGAGCAAAGCUCAUAUUCUUCUCUGGCAUCUUAUGCGCUGGAGGAGCAAAUAUCUUGUUUGGUCUCCUUGACUUGGUUGAAGACACCCUCAUGUUCACCGUGCUGUCAUUUCUUGUCCGGAUUCUAGAAGCACUUGGAGCUGCGGGUUUCUCCACGGCAUCAUACUCAAUAGUCCUUCAUGUGUACCCUGACCACAUCAGUACUGUCUUUGGUAUUAUUGAAACAGCAGUUGGUGUUGGAAUGAGUAUUGGCCCUGCAAUAGGUGGUGCUCUCUACAGUGUUGGUGGAUUUGGACUUCCAUUUUACAUACUGGGCAGCUGUGUGCUGUUAACAUUCCCAAUAUGCUGGUUUAUCAUGAAGGAUAUUCAAGUGCAAGCUCUAGAAACAAGGAAAGAGUCGUACUUUACUCUCCUCAGAAUACCACAAGUGAUCAUUGUCUCAAUAAUUUUGGUCAUCGGGUCUCAAUCGCAGGGUUUUGUAGAGCCAACAUUGGAGCCCCAUAUGCGACGGGAAUUCGAUGUAGACACCAGCAUUGUUGGUAGCUUUUUUCUAGUGAUGUCAGCUGUUUUCUCCAUAUGCUCUCCUCUUGUCGGUUACAUCUGUAUGAAGACAGAACAACGAAUCCCAAUUAUGAUUGUCGGCUUGAUCAUAAUGGCCGCAGCACAGAUCUUCAUGGGGCCUGCACCAUUCUUGGGCAUCCCAAGCAACCUCUGGGCCACUUUGGCCACAGUUUCAAUCCUUGGUGCCUCCUUUGCCUUUGCCUAUGUACCCACAAUGGAGAGCAUGAUUCGAGCUGCAACUUCUGGUGGCAUGGAAGAGGACAUUGGAACAUAUGCCCUCGUAUCUGGCUGGUGGAAUUCCAUGUACUCCUUGGGCGAAGUUAUUGGGCCAUCAAUUGGAGGUGUCCUGUUGGACUUGAUUGGCUUUCCUUGGGCCAGCACACUUGUAGCAGCAGGAUCUCUGCUGACUGCCUUCAUAGCAACCCUUUACUGGUGUUGCGCAUCUCGUAAUGAACCAGAGUCAUUUUGGUAUGACGGCCAAGCUUCAUCACACGGCAGUUCUGAAGACAGUAGCAGUGUUGUUUCUGAACCACUCGGAGAGACAACAGCUCUUCUUGGGAAAAAGAAGAAAGAUUUGCAUUACAAUUCUCUUUAGCCUAUUCCAAGGCACAAGUCAGCUGCAACAGCAUAAAGAACAACGAAGCUGAGUGACUGCUUGUCACAGAAGAUUAAUUCCUAUAUACAGAAUGUACUGUUGAUAAGGGAGCUAUGUAUAGAUGGUUUUUCCAGUUACAGUGCUGCCUGGUUUGCACUGAAACCUAGCAUAGAAGUUGCAUUUCAUUGUGCAUUUUGUUUAACACCAUUUUUGAAUGCAGUACCUGCUUGUUUACUUCUGAAUAAGUGAGACAAGAACAUUCGUGGCGACGCUGGAGUGAAAAAGCAGUUCUUUCUGCGGAAGCAAUCGAGAUGUUUUCCAUCCUAGAAAGGCAACCCACCUGCCACAGAGGAAAAACAAUGAGAAGUUGCUUUACCCAGUUGCUUAAUGGUGGCAUCGGUCUAAAUUCCGAGAAAAAGAUCUACAUCUUUUAUGGCAGCAUCACAUAAAAUGUGCAAUUUCUAUAUACCCUAGACCAAAAUGGCAAGUACAGCAUCAAAAUAUGUUAUGAAACAAAAUGCACAAUUGUAUGCCACCUCUGUGUAAAGUUUAAGCACAAAUAAGACGGUUGUUUAGUCAGUAAAUCCAUCGAUCAUGGCUCCUUUAUCAAUACAAUGUUCGGCAGCUUACAUAAGGAAGGAAAGAAAGGAAAAGACACUAUUGCCGGAAGGCAAACCUGCAUGAACAGUUUGGGUUGUACUUAAAAAAGGAAGUUCAUAGGCAACCUGCAAAUGAUACAAACAAGCAGACAAUGUGAGCCUAAGUGGAUAAGUGUACUUGUACAUGUAUCAGUAUACUAGUGACAAGAUUUCCAGUGUCUUUGGCAUUACUUGCAGUUCUGCCACGUCGUCGUUUUCUAAAGCAAUGCAUCUUUUUUUAAGUGCGAUAGUGUGAAACCAAACGUGCAAUGUGUAUCAAAAUAUUGUGUCACUGCUGUCUGCCAUUUUUCAUUUGGCGAAAGUUUCAAUUUUGGGAUUUUAGAGAAUAUUGUUGUAGUGUUGUCUCAGUAUAAGCAUGUAUUGCAUGUUUUGCCAAGAAAUUUUAGGAAUUUAAAGUAAUAAAGUGGAUAGUUAGAAGCUUAUUUCAUGAUAUGUGAACAAAAAGAUAUACAUGAACAAGAAACUUCCUAUGCAGCUGUUGUGGAACCCUGUUGUGCUUUUGUUGUUGAGAAUGUAUGUUUUACUGUAAUCGUGUGCAUAUUGCACAAGAUAUGUAUUUACAGACACUUUCGCAUCAAUAUUUGCUGGACAAGAGCCCAAAAGUAAGGCAAUGGCUACAAUGAGGUGCUUAGUAUCAACUCUUCUUUUUCUGUACGAUUGCACUGUUAAAGCUUUAAGAUUUAAAUACCUAAUUGCAAUGUUAAGGUUUCUACUAACAUAGAAUUUUCAGAUUUUUAACAGUGUACAGUGUCAACUUGGCUAAGGUUACAUUUAGAUGGCUGCAUGCAAAUAUGCUGUGUGAAGCCUUGAAUGAAAUGAAUGAAAGCACCUAGAUUCUUCAGUUUUCCACAGCUGAUAUAUUGUGAGGGAGGUCCAUAAAUAGAACAAAUGCCGAGCCUUUGCUCAGGUAGCAAUGUCCUCAUACGUUUUAUAGAGAACUAGAUUGUGAUGUGUCAUGUGUAUUGGUUAAAUGUAACCAGACAUUAAAAAAAGGAGGAAGUGCGUAGGUCAAUGAGACCAAGGGCAUAUUGUUUGCAUUUGUAUUUAGCAAAUUAGAAAAUAUUUUGUGUGCUUAUUUAGUUACUCUGAUAAGGUGAACUACAUAUUUUAAAUCGUUAUAAAGGGAACUAUCUGUAUUUGAAAAAGCUGUAGAGUGUUCAGAAACACCGAAUGCAGUUGUUCUAGUCAAGUUACCCUUUGUAUUGUUUCUUGCAGUCUCUGAUGAAAGCUUAUGAAAUUGUUGGCAACUCUUCCCAAGCUUACGGGUAGUGGACUAGUGGAGCUUGCAAAUUGCUACAGUCACUGGUAUUAAUGGUUGUUGAAAACGCACAUGUGACAGGAGUAUGGCCUUUCUGAAGUAUCACACGGAAUAAGAACAACCUCUCUGGGCCUUUUUUUUUCUUCAUAAAAUCUGCUUUCGUAACCCACAGUCAAAGUUGUGGGCAACUUCACUACUGUGUACAUCUCUUUUUGCAUAAUAUAUCAUAUACUCAAGAACCAAGCUUGCCACACCAACACAUACGCUCAACUUUCUUCCUACAUGAGGCAGCUUCAGACUAGAACUACCUGUGCGCUUUCAUUAUCAGCAAUCAUGACCAUACUUAAUUCAAAACAGCCAUUUUUAACAUUGUGUAAGCGAACACACAACGCAUCUCUGUAGAGUUGAAUAUGCUCCGAUAGUAUUUAAAUAAAUAAAACGAAUACAAGAAUAAGGACGUCACUGUGCACUUAUGCACCAAAAUCGUAGCCAAUUCCUUUAUCUAUUUAUGAAGCUCUGCUACCUGCCACAAGGAAAUAAUAUGCCUCAGCACGGAAAGUAAGUCGAAGAGCUUCGUCGGCAACUUUGACAUGAAGUUGGAAAGAAACCACAGCCUUAACUGAUAAGCCGUAAAUGAGCAAUAAAAGCCAGGCAAAACACUCUUGUCCACUUCUUUUGCAUGCUUAGGCUCUUCUCUGAAUAACUGAGAACACUGCAACUCAAGCAUGCAAGCACUGACUGAUGGUCUAGUAAGCUCAUGAUUACAUGGAAGAGAGCGCUACUGGAUGAGAUGACGAGCACACAGAUAUAGUGCCAUGUAGGCGUGCUCUUGUUUCAGCCCAUCUGUUACCAAUUUUAUUUUUCAGUCAACCAAGCGAUACAGUAACAUUCUUAAUGCAUUCGCUUUUUUUUUUUUUUAAGCCUAGAAGAGGUCGCUUAUAAUGCAACUUCACGAUGGAAGAAAAAUUUAAAACCAAGUGCCUACAAAAGCUACUCCAGGUUUCUCAGAACCACAACUAGCAUUACACCACUUGUGAUGUCUAACCACAAUGUAUCAAAUCUUUACUAACUUCUGAGUGAAGCGUUGCGACAUUUGACACAAUCCUAAAUCAACCUUGAACAAAAUCUAUGAUGUCAUUUCAUUAACUGCAUGCACUAGCUUUGUAUUAUUGCAGAGCAGUCAGUGUACGGGCAGAUGCAAACUUUCAUUUCACGACCAUUUGCUGGCAUCUCUAAAGCUAUAUUGUGCAGAGCAUGCGUUCAUGCAAAUGCCUCUCUUGCCAAUUUUCAGAGUGACAUCAAUGUAUAUCGCGUGUGCAUCCAUCACCAAGUAGUCCUCCGAUUACACCUUACUAAAAAAUCUCAUGUGCAGGGAUUCUCAUGUACACCCAUGAGCAAAGCUACACUAAUUGGGGACUACUCUGUGAUAAAGCAUUUUCUUUGCUGCCUAUGCAUGCGACUUCAGAUCGAGUACUACUUGCACUGUUUGCACUACUUGCACAACUUACCAUUACAAUUUCCAGUACACCAGUCAAUUUAAGUUUGUGCAUCUCAGUUGGGAAUAAAUUUAGUUUUUUUUUGUCUUGC